CACUUCUUUUCUUUAGAAGGAAGAUUUGAAAACUCUUUGAAUAUGUCUGGACGUGGAAAGACCGGCGGUAAAGCCAGAGCUAAGGCCAAGACCCGCUCCUCCAGGGCCGGGCUCCAGUUCCCCGUCGGCCGUGUCCACAGGCUGCUCAGGAAGGGUAACUAUGCGGAGCGUGUCGGAGCCGGAGCUCCCGUCUACCUGGCGGCGGUGCUCGAGUAUCUGACCGCUGAGAUCCUGGAGCUGGCUGGAAACGCCGCCAGAGACAACAAGAAGACCAGGAUCAUCCCCCGCCACCUGCAGCUGGCCGUCCGCAACGACGAGGAGCUCAACAAGCUGCUCGGAGGAGUCACCAUCGCUCAGGGUGGUGUCCUGCCCAACAUCCAGGCGGUGCUGCUGCCCAAGAAGACCGAGAAACCCGCCAAGAAGUAAACAUGAACCUGGCUACCACCAAAACCAAAGGCUCUUUUAAGAGCCACCCACGACUCUCAAAGACACUCAUCCUGAUACUGAUAUAUAAUGUUAUCUACAGCCUGAGACUAAAAUACAUAAUAUUUUAUAUGCUAAUUAAGUAGUUUAACUGAAUGUCAGUAAUGUGAGGUAAUACCAGGGCCAAUAUCCACGUAUUGGUUCUUUUGACAUUUACUUGUCUACAUGGAAGUAAUUUUUAUCGUUUUACUUUCACAAAUAUUUAAACAUAAUUUUAGAAAUGUAUUUUACGCUCCUGUUAAAGAAUAAACUCACCAGGUUAGUACUGAAACAUAAAAUUUCUUUCAAGAGAGACCUGACCAAGUGUCCUUAGAGUAUUUAAAAUUACAGGACAAACUCAAGUGCAAUUUCACGACUAAGUUACCUAUAACAUUUACAGGUGUGAGAGGAUCUAUGACCUGUAGCUUGAGGAUGCAGAUUACAAACAGGUGAAGUAGCAAACAUUAAUUAAUAGUCUUUGUAAACCGCUCUGUCCUGACCUUCAAUAAAACAAUGUCCUGAGACCUUAGGUCAUAUCAACUCUGUUCAAACAACUAUUUCACUUUACUGACUGAUAAGAGCAAAGAAUCCCAGGAAAAGGAAAAGAUGUUGGACUUAAUGGACUAAAAUGGUAUAUUUUAUUUGAAUGUUCCACUUCAGAUCGAUAUCAUCACACAUUUAAACCUGUAACUAUAGUCGUCAGGACGUGACUCUAACAUGGAGAAUUGAAUUAUUUAUAGAUGUUUACAUGAAAAUCCACCAAAAUCUGGAAAUCCUGUGUGAACUUUAGUUUGGAUUAAUGGGUAAACUUAAUAUAUUCAGACAAAUCAUGACCCUCACCACAUUUUAGAGUCUCUACAGUCACUGUUGGUGGUUAAUGAGAUGACAAAUAACUAAAUUAAAAGACAUAGACCUGAAAAAAAUCCGGAUUUAAUUUAAAAUUAACAUAAUGAGCCACUAUUGCCUUCAGGCUUGAUCUGGAGGUUUCAGGCCCGUUUUUGUUAAACAUCUUGAGACAAUUUGUAUUGUUGCUGUCGCUGCAUAAAUACAAUUGAAUUGGAAUGAAUUGAAUAAAUCCCAAUACAAACACUU